GUUGUCGAGCUCUAACCGCAAGUUCAUGUUGUUUAUGUAUAUAUACUAAAUAUUUUCCUGGUAUAAAAGAUCAUUUUCUGGGAACUAAUUUCCAUAUUUUGAAACACGAAAUUCUUGUUUACAUAAUUUAACCAGUCGGAAGUCAGUAUCAAUAUGAGGUGACGACAUUUGAUCACAAGAAAUUAGAUAUUCUAUUUCAUGCCAGAAAAUUCCUGUCUGGUAAAGACCCUUUGAACACUUUAUGUGGAAGCGAUAUUUAUCUGCUGUUCUAAACCGACCAUUUUGUUAAAGAUUUCAAGCAAAUACUAACACAGACUUUCUCGAAGAACGAACACUGUAUCUACAUUGUGUCUAUAUAGCGAGGUUUAUACUACAAAGCGACUAACAUCAACACAGAAUUUGCUUUGUUAUUACGAUCGAGAAGAACGGCGUGAUAUUUAUGGCGUCUUAUAUACAAGGUUAUGAUGAGGAAAGGUUUGCAAUCAAAAUUAAUCGAAAUUUCCUCUGUUUGAUUUGCUUCAAUGUCCUUAAAGACCCGGUUCUGUGUCCGAGAAAUCAACAUUGUUUCUGUCGUGCUUGUAUUACGAAACACCUCGAGAAUUCUCGAAGAUGCCCUACGUGUGCGGACGAACUGACGGUAGAGACUCUAGCAGAACCCAACAGAAUGGUAAAAGAUUAUUUAGAUGAAUUAAAUAUUCAUUGUGUUUACAACAACAGGGGCUGUGAAGAGAUCGUACAACUGCAACAUCUUGACAUCCACGAGGCUACAUGUGGAUUUACUCCAGCCGUUUGUACAAACCCAGGCUGUGGUGUAACUUUAAACCAGCGUGAUCUUAUUAACCACGAGAGUGAACUAUGUGAAUUUCGCAAGUUGAAGUGCCACUCGUGCGGACAAAUGGCAAAAACGUUGGCAGAUAUGGAGAAAAGAAUGGCAACGAUGGCGACAAAUCUGGCGACUGUCGAGACAAAUGUGGCGACCAAUAUAGCGACUGUGGUUGCCAUGGAAACCUUCAUGAAUGAUAUACAAACAAAUGUGGCGAAUGUACAGACUGUGGUAGAGACACAAAUUGCAAAUGUGGAGAAGAAUAUGGAGAGAAACACCACAGACAUAAAAACAGACAUGGAAGGAAAACUCGAAGCAGUGAAUAAUGAGGUGAGAGGAUUGAAAACAGCUUUGGUUGAAGGUUUUGAUGAAAUGAAGGAUGUUCUUGUCAAGAUGGAGGACAAAAUAGAAGAAAACGCAAGAAAAGUAAGAAAUACAGCAAGUGGUGAUAAGGAAAAUAUAAUUGUUGCUGGAGGUUAUGGAACUGACUCUGUAGAGAUGUUUAACUGGCGUCAAAGAACAUGGUCUCCAUUACAGUCCUUGCCAAAGAAGCGUUAUGCAGCAACCUCAUUUGUUUUUAACAAUCAUGUGACAAUUGCUGGAGGUUGCUGUUCUGACUUUGUCGAUGAUAUGAUUAGAAUGAAUAUAAACCCAAACCCUGAUCUUUCAACACAUUGGAGUGACUGUCCUGUUAAACUGCCUGGUAAGUUGGUAUACCACAGUAGUGUGCUGUAUAAUGAUCAGCUAAUAGUCACUGGUGGUCAUAACGGAAAUGGAGUAUCAGACUGUAUUGAUGAAGGUCAGCUUACCCCUCCUUAUACUGCGAAGACCUUAUCAAGAAUGCCAGAACCAAGACUGUACCACAGCACGCAAUUAUUUGAUGAUAGUUUGUUGAUCAUGGGUGGAAGUACAACUGCCAGUUACCCAGACAACCUAAGCAGUGUCGUAUUGUAUGAUAUAAAGAAGAAUGAAUGUAAACAGUUGGCACCACUGCCGUAUGAAGUGAGUGACAUGGCAACUGUGAGAUGGGGAGACAACGUCAUUGUUAUAGGCGGCAUUGACAAACGUGGCAAUCGAUUAGAUACAGUUAUCAUUUACAAUGUCAAGACUGAACAAAGUUGCAUGUUGCCGCCAAUGAGAUGUAAAAGAUGGGGAUAUGCUGCCGUUGUUAUUGGAAACAAUAUUGUAGUACUGGGAGGAGAGGAUGAGCAAGGACGUUCUUUAAAGUCAGUUGAGGCUUUCAACUUUGAAAGUUAUACUUGGCAAGAACUUCCAGAAAUGUCUCGAGCAAGAUGGCGGCACACUGCUGUUGUUGUGUGA